CUUACUACUGGCGCGCAGGGCAAUUUCGCGCAAUAAUACGAAAUGAAACCAUGACCAGCUCACGCAGCCAUGUCAGUAUGCAGAGCAAGUACGACCGCGUGGUCCUGUUGGUGGACAUGGACUGCUUCUUCUGCCAGGUGGAGGAGAAGCAGCAGCCGGAGUACCGCAACCGCCCCCUGGCCGUUGUCCAGUACAACCCGUGGCGCGGAGGCGGAAUCAUUGCGGUGAACUAUGCGGCGCGGGCCAAGGGAGUGACGCGCCACAUGCGCGGGGACGAGGCCAAGGACCUGUGCCCGGACAUCGUCCUCUGCCAGGUGCCCAACAUCCGGGAGAAGGCCGACACCAGCAAGUACCGAGAUGCCGGCAAGGAAGUGGCCAACGUGCUGCAGCGCUUCACGAAGCUCCUGGAGCGCGCUUCCGUGGACGAGGCGUACCUGGACAUCACGGAGACAGUGAGCCUGCGAAUGCAGCAGAUGCAGAGCGGAGCCUUUGCUCUGCAGCCCCAGGAACUCGUAAACUCCUUUGCCGUGGGCUACCCCAACAUCGGCGACUACGUCAACAAGAUCACGAACCGCUUCGCCAAUCCCUACAUGGACGACGAACGCUUCCAGAUGUCCUACGACCAAAACGACCUCCCCGCCGUGCGGCAAAGCGACAUUCGACUGCUCAUCGGUGCCUCGGUGGCCGGAGAGGUGCGGGCGGCUGUCAAGAAGGAGACCGGAUACGAGUGCUCGGCCGGGAUAGCGCACAACAAGAUACUGGCCAAGUUGGCAGCCGGCAUGAACAAGCCCAACAAGCAGACCAUCCUGCCGCUGGCGGAGACCGCUGCCCUGUUUGAUUCCCUGCCUGUGGGCAAAAUCAAGGGGCUGGGCGGCAAGUUCGGCGAGGUGGUGUGCGAGACCAUGGGCGUUAAGUUCCUGGGCCAGCUGGUCAAGUUUACGGAGGCCGAACUGCAGCGCAAGUUUGACGAGAAGAAUGGUACCUGGCUGUUCAACAUCUCCCGCGGCAUCGACCUGGAGGCAGUCACUCCGCGCUUCUACUCCAAGAGCAUUGGCUGCUGCAAAAAGUUUCCUGGGCGGAACAACAUCACGGGAUUGAAAACCCUGCAGCACUGGUUGGGCGAACUUUCCUCGGAGAUCAACGAUCGGCUAGAGAAGGACUUCAUCGAGAACAAUCGCAGGGCCAAGCAGAUGGUGGUGCAAUACGUGCAGGACAUUGACGGCGAGGAGGUGGCCAGCUCCCGCUCAACGGCUCUCAAGGAUUACGACCAGGAAUCGAUCGUAAAGUAUGCCUUGGACCUAAUCAAGGCCAACACCAAGACGUUCCUGCGUGCCGGCAGCGAGGCUGCUCUGAACAAUGCGAUCAAGUUCCUGGGCAUCAGCGUGGGCAAGUUCGAAACAGUUUCUAGUGCCCAGAAUAAGUUGCAGGAGAUGUUCGCCAACCAGGCUGCCAAAAAACGCAGAGUCAGCGGAGAAGAGCCAGUGCAACCCCCAAAGGUUCAAAUGGAAAAGAAGCCGAAGCAGACGGAGGAGUCAAAGAUGAAGAGUUUUUUUGCAAACUAUCUGCAAGGGGCCAAGAAAGAGGACACAAAGCCGUCUGAAGCUGCGACAAAGAAGAGUUUCGUCGAGGAGUACAAGCAGAAGCUCCAUGAGACUACAAAGUCGGAGGCAGCUGCCGAGGGAACUGCUCUCACCUCAACGCCGCCGGAGUUCAAGGAAAGCUUCUUUUCCCAGUUCCUGAAACAACAAAAACAGACGCGGCAGCAGGACUCAGAGUCAGUGGGCGAGGACUCGUCAGAUAUCCAGGGCUUGGCGGAGGAACUGGACGCCAUUGAGGCUAGCAAUACAAAAGAGGAUGCCGUGAAGACUAGCAACACUAACGAUUUUGAUGAAGACACUGAAGAGGAGACGGAGCUAACUGGUAAUAUCCGUAAAUCACCCAAAGUCUUGCGGGAGGAGCAGCCAACUAAAUCAAAUUCUACAACACGGAUGGAACUUCCCAUAUCCACCAAAGCAAGUAUAGCGCCUGAUCUAACUAUACUUCCUCCUCUGACUGAAGAAGAACUGCAACCUUCAACGUCGAAGAGGAAGUUUGAUGAGCUUGAUACUUCUGCCAAAAACUACAAGGAAAGCUACGCCGAGUUUGCUGUCCCCGAGCUCCGCACCGAUCUUCUGCCCAUGAUCAAAUGCGAUCAGUGCGGAGUGAACAUACCCGAUGACGUCAAGUCUCUGCAAACGCAUAGAGAUCAUCACUUCGCGCAGGAACUAAGUCGAGAGCUGAGGAGCAACGAACGGGAGGAGAGAAUGCAGAGUCGCCAGAAGGUUUCUCCUAAGCCGACGCCAUCGAAGAAAAUUAAAAAGACAAGUGCUUCUGGCACUUCAAGUUCCUCAGCUCGACCGACUAACACCAUAGCCAAGUUCUUCAGCGUCAAGGCGGCUGAGCAGCCACCAUCCAGUGAUGCUCAGAUGCAGCAGUGCACCGAGUGUAAGGCCUUUAUCAAGAACGUGGACAUGCCGGAGCACCUGGACUACCACGUGGCCAGGAAUCUGCAGCGCGAACUUAACCAACAGGAUAUGCGCACUCGAACCGCGGCCCUUGGCAAGGAAAAGACAUCCCCUGCCCAGCAAAAAAACAAGAAGCAACUAAACGCAACUAUUGCCGGUUCCUCAAGUGGAAACAAGACAAUUGCACAGUUCUUCAGCCAAAGCCAUUAAUUUCCGUCUAUUUUACCGAAUUUAGAUUGCUUUCUAAGAAGGGACCGCAAACAGCUUUAGCUUAUCAUUAUAUUGAUCAGUUACUGUAGGAUCUAAGCGAAAUCAAAAAUGAGAACAUAGCUUUUGUUUAAAAAUAUCCAACCAAUUUACAUUUCUUUCUAUUUUUCGAUUCCGGUUUUAUACUGAAUCAAAAAAGCAAAAAAUAUAAUUAAGUUUGUUUACACAUAACUCAGGUAUAAAAUUCUCAAUCAGGCUCUGGACAGCAAAUUGAUUUGAGCAUUUUUUGUUUGUUUUGUUAAAUAUAAGUUUCGUGCUCUACACAGCCAAGUGAACAAUACCACUUUUUUGUUAUUUGUAAAUUUAUUCACGUUUAUAAGCUCUUAAGGUCAAGGCGAGCCAUGAAGCUCAUUUAUUAUCAUUUGUACAUUUGUUUUUUUUUCCAAUUUCAUAGCCUAGCUUAAGUAUCAAUGUUGAACAUUACCAAUUUCCAUCCGAUAAUAAAUAAGGCCCAGUGAUCUAUAAUGCUAAAA